UGAUGGAUUCCAAAAUCGAAGCCGGAUCCGUGCCCGCCGCUAAAGAGCUAACCACUUCGAGGUACAGUCUCCACUGCCAAAGAAGGGUUCUAGGGUUUCGCAGCUCCUUCUUCGCAAUCCCAAAGAUGAAGCUCGUCAGGUUUUUGAUGAAGUUGAACAAUGAAACUGUGUCGAUCGAGCUGAAGAACGGGACUGUGGUCCAUGGAACCAUCACUGGUGUUGAUGUGAGCAUGAACACUCACUUGAAGACGGUUAAAAUGACUCUCAAGGGGAAGAACCCAGUGACGAUGGACCAUCUGAGCUUGAGGGGUAACAACAUCCGCUACUACAUUCUUCCUGAUAGCUUGAACCUCGAGACUUUGCUUGUUGAAGACACUCCUCGACUUAAACCUAAGAAGCCUGUUGCUGGGAAGCCUGUUGGGAGAGGUCGUGGACGUGGUGGUCGUGGCCGUGGUGGUGCUGGUCGUGGCAGAGGUCGUUAAAUGCAGCGACAAGUUUAAGGUGUGUGAGUUGAAUUGAAUCUGUAGGAAGAAGAACCCUUUGGUGGUGUCUCAGUUAUGUAUUUAGAAACUCUUGCAGAGGAAGUUAAUGUGUAAUGCAACUCUAUGGAUUUAAAGGAUUAAGCUUUUCAUGUUAUAA